GUGUACAAGUCCCCGGAGUAUGAAUCCCUUGGCUUUGAGCUAACUGUGGAGAGAUUAGUUUCUAUUGGCUACCCUCAGGAACUGCUCAGCUUUGCUUAUGAUUCUGCAUUCCCUACCAGGGGACUUGUUUUUGAUACACUAUAUGGAAAUCUUUUGAAAGUUGAUGCCUAUGGAAACCUUUUGGUCUGUGCACAUGGAUUUAACUUCAUAAGAGGUUCUCAGGUAGCUGCUCAGAAGAGACCAGAAACUAGAGAGCAGUAUCCAAAUAAAUUUAUCCAACGAGAUGACACUGAAAGAUUUUACAUUCUGAACACACUAUUCAAUCUACCAGAGACCUACCUGUUGGCCUGCCUUGUAGAUUUUUUUACUAAUUGUCCUAGAUAUACCAGUGAAUUUAGUGCUAGUGAGAGAUGCCACAUUGCCAGCCCGAGAGAUGGGACAGCACCAGCAGCUCCAUGCAGGCUCUCACCUCCCACUCUCCUUGCCAGUGUGCUGCAGCCAUGUUUGGAAGGGACCACUUCUGAUUGGCUUCUCCUGGGAAUGAAGACGGCCAGCAGAGGUGCUAAUUGUGACAACUGAGUGGGAGCUGUGAAACAGGAUUUAAAGAUGGGGACCUCUUCAUGUCUUACCGAAGUAUGUUCCAGGAUGUAAGAGAUGCUGUCGACUGGGUUCAUUACAAGGGCUCCCUUAAGGAAAAGACAGUUGAAAAUCUUGAGAAAUAUGUAGUCAAAGAUGGAAAACUGCCUUUGCUUCUGAGCCGAAUGAAGGAAGUAGGGAAAGUGUUCCUUGCCACCAACAGUGACUAUAAAUAUACAGAUAAAAUUAUGACUUACCUGUUUGAUUUCCCGCAUGGCCCCAAGCCUGGGAGUUCCCAUCGACCAUGGCAAUCCUACUUUGACCUGAUCUUGGUGGAUGCACGGAAGCCACUCUUCUUUGGAGAAGGCACAGUACUACGUCAGGUGGAUACUAAGACUGGCAAGCUGAAAAUUGGUACCUACACAGGCCCCUUACAGCAUGGCAUCGUCUACUCAGGAGGUUCAUCAGAUACAAUCUGUGAUCUGUUGGGAGCCAAGGGCAAGGACAUUUUGUAUAUUGGAGAUCACAUUUUUGGAGACAUUUUAAAAUCAAAGAAACGGCAAGGGUGGCGAACUUUCCUGGUGAUUCCUGAGCUUGCACAGGAGCUGCAUGUCUGGACUGAUAAGAGUGCACUUUUUGAAGAGCUUCAGAGCUUGGAUAUUUUCUUGGCUGAACUCUACAAGCAUCUUGACAGUAGCAGCAAUGAGCGCCCAGACAUUAGCUCCAUCCAGAGACGCAUCAAGAAAGUGACUCAUGACAUGGACAUGUGCUACGGGAUGAUGGGAAGCUUGUUUCGCAGCGGCUCCCGGCAGACCCUGUUUGCCAGUCAGGUGAUGCGGUAUGCCGAUCUCUAUGCAGCAUCUUUCAUCAACCUGCUCUACUAUCCCUUCAGCUACCUCUUUAGAGCUGCCCAUGUCUUGAUGCCUCAUGAAUCAACAGUGGAACAUACACAUGUAGAUAUCAACGAGAUGGAGUCCCCUCUUGCCACCCGGAACCGCACCUCAGUUGAUUUCAAAGAUACCGACUACAAGCGGCACCAGUUGACCCGGUCGAUUAGUGAGAUUAAACCCCCCAACCUCUUCCCACUGGCCCCCCAGGAAAUUACACACUGCCAUGAUGAAGAUGAUGAUGAAGAGGAGGAAGAGGAAGAAGAAUAAGGAGGAAAACCAAAACUGAGCACCCAUUAAACAAGCCUGGCAGGACUCAGAGGAGCAAAGGAUGGGUUCUAGCGGUGGGUGGGGGAGCUCCGGCAAAGGUACAUCUGGAAAGUUUCUGAAGACUUUAAAAUAUUCUAAGUUUUGUUUGCACUCUUUGCAGAUGGUUCAAAUUGUAGUGGAGUCUGUACUGAAAGAAAGUAAGGGUAAAGCUGGGCUGAACGGCAUGCAGAUGGCUCCGUCGUGGCUUGUGACACUGUUUCCUUGUCUUGUUUCAUUCUCAGUAUGUAUUGGAUACACCCCGGGUGGGGCAGAGUCCCAGAGUGGAGCAAGGGUGAUGGGAAGAGGUGAUCCAAAAAUGUUACGUUACAAAUUGUGCUCUUACUCCAAAAUCCAUCCUGAAAUUUUCAGUGCAUUACACAUUAUUGUAUAUCAGUGGAGAAAUAUAUUGCUUCCAUUAUCAAAUGUAGUCUUCUGUUAAGGUCAAGUUUCCUUUUAUAAGCUCUCAAGUGUCCUCUGGCAGACUGGGGGCUUCAGCGGCCUUGCACAAGUAUUUGGUUUGCUAUAGGGCUGGUCUGGAAUGCACUGCAGUGAUUCUGUUCUGAGGUACAAGUCUUCAUCUCUUCUUACAUUUUUUUGAUAGCAGAAAUGUUUCUUAUCAGAAACAAUUUUUUUUCUCAUCUGGGAUCAAUCUAUAGAAAGAAGUUAGCUGCAAGAGGGCAAAGGAGCAAGCCCCGUGAAAAGGAGGAAUCUCCUUCUUCCAUUAGAGCAUAACUGAGUGAAUUCCUUAGUGUGGGCCAGUGUGGCUCAUGCUAUCCAGCCAGUGUGGCUCAUGCUAUCCAGAGUUCCAGCCUUCUCUAACCUCUAGGGUGGACGGCUGUAGUUCAAAGUCAAGCUUUAGAGGAUGGGAAGAGGGCCCUGUAAGUCAGAACCUUAUUAGAACUGAAGGUACAAUCAAUGGGAGUAAAUUCUGAAUCCCAAGAGAAAUCACUUCUUGUUGUUUUGAACAAGAAUGGAUCAUUACUGUGUACUUGAGGCUAUUAGACGGCCUCACAGUGCAGAAUGGCCUGCGGUAGUUCCAGUGGUAGUGGAGACUGGUACUUGACCCUCCGUACCUUCCUUCCGUUCUGCCUACUGGUGAACACAGAGGGUAGAUUAGCUGCUCUAGAAUUCAAUAAAGUGUAAUAUUUCUAAUCCUGA